ACUGGUAAACUCUCUUCAUUGCUGUAUUCUGCACACGAACAGCUAAUAUGUACAUGGCUACUUUCGCUAUUCUAUCCUCGUCAUCCAACAUGUCUCGAUAUCAACUCACUACCACCACCGCCAUGCACCCGCACAGACGUCCAUCUGAGCAAUAACCGCCGUUCAGCACCAACACGACGAAACAGAGCGGAAAGCUCACCUCAGUCUGCGGCACUGCGCAGUUUCUGUGUCUUGCGCCAAUCGGCUUAUAUCGGGGCUACGCGGUGUCUGUCAUACGGUCCACUGCGUGUUAGCUGCAGCGUUAGGAUUGUUUCCGUUCAGUCACCACGCCGUCUUCGCCACAUGAGACUCGUCUUCUGGUAUGCUCGUGUUCCAUGUAUCGUACGAGCUAGCGUGUAAACCCGACCAGCAACCCCGCAUUGCUUGGCGCCCAAAUGCGCUCGGCUGUGCCGUGCGCCGCAAGUCGUGCGCCUGCUCGGCCCGCGGCGGUGGCCUUCCUUUCAUCGUUGUUCUGCCUUGCCUAAGCAGCGGCAUCCUGUGGCAGAUGAGUGGGACAGGUGCAUCCCCAACCGACGUGCGGCUAGGAUUCAUUCCUCACGGUGCAUCUUGCUGUCAGCCGACCGGUGACCCCUCGAGCCGCGAACGUUGGAAUACUUUCAAGACGUGGAGGUGAAGGGUAGGGGCGCUUAGUGCCCGUGCCAUCUGCAGUCGUAACUUGUACCCGAACGUCAAACGAUGGGCACAUAAGUUAUACACAGUUUAUAUAUAACUUGCUCCUGUAGUUCUGGCUUGGCGCAUUCUUACGACCGCAUGUGCUGCCGACAUUGUGCGGCAACGAGUAAGUCGUCUUCACUGUCCUCGCCGGUGGAUCGCAGUGGUCGUAGGUAGACUGCGCGAGGCUGUUGCUGAGCGACACUCCGAAAGAACGUGGCAGGGGCAUAUAUAGUCGGCGGAAUAAGGAGCCUCAGCAAACUGCGCCGCUUGAGCUCGCG